AUGCCUAUUCUCCGCAGCGGCCGAGCUGCCACUGUGCAGAUUCGGGGGUUCGCGACUUCACCAAGCCUCCGAGCUGGGCCAGAGUCGCCUCAUUUUGUCGAUGUUCCCCGUGUCGUCCAGGCUGGCCCUCCCACCAAACCUCGUGUCAGAGGUACUCUGCCAGUUCCUCGCGAGUUAUUCCCUGCUCGUCGCACAGACAAACCUCACAAGGCAUACCUCGAUGCUGUCACGCCAUUGCCUUCAACGGAGCGUACAGUCAACCCGAAAAGCAGUGAUCCUGAGAAGCAGGCAUUCCGUCUGAAGAUGGCCGAUGUGCGACGCAAAAACCUGCGGGAAGGUCUGCAAACACUAUACAAGCGGAAGCAGAUCGCGGAGCAGACUAUGUUCAACCGGAGCCUCGACAAGCAGAUGCGACGUGAGCGUGUCCUGCAGCAGCCAGAGCCGGAAGACGAGCGCCUUACUCGUUCAUCGAUUGUAUCGGCCAUGCAAGCUCAGCCACACAAGGUUCUGGCGGACCCUAAUCGGGACGAGCAAUUGGCUCUUUCUCGGGCGCGGUUGGAAGCCAAGCAGGCAGAGAAGGAUGCCAUUCGUCGUGAUCACUUGCAAUCUCUCUACAUGAAUGCUCGCACUUUCAUCAUCAACGAACAGCAGCUUGCUGCCGAGAUUGAUCGAGUCUUCCCUGAGGGGGAGAACGAGGCUUGGCGAAACGACCACCAGCACGGGGAGAACAUUUGGAACUUGGGCACGCCACCAACUGUUCAAUCUAUUGUCAACGAAACCCGCAAAAGCGAGACCGCUCGCUGGGACGUUAUCCAGGAUCGCGUCAAGAAGCUGGGUGAGCAGAUUACUGGUGGCAAGCUGUGA